AUGGCAGGAGAACAAGCUGUUGUCACCGGCUACCAUUUCUCUUUCUUGGAAUUAUCAAAUUUCAGGCUCUGUUUCGUGGACAAAGAGUUAGAUCUUCUGGUAUUGGUCUUGAAAUCAGAGCCAAAUUUCCUUUAUAGGAAAGCUGCGGUGGUUCAGAAACUGAACUCAAAGAAAAAACUAUUUACAAAUGCUUUUGUCGUCAGGCUUGUUUCUUCAUCAAUUACUGGAAUGCCCCUGCGAACCCAGUACGUUCAAUGUGAACCUAAUUCUGUCUUUAGCUGGCUUGAGCGGUGGACAGCCUCGCUGUUCUGGAAACAAACACUGCAGGGUAGGAAAAUUACUGGAUCUAAACCGCAGGCAAAGAAGAACAAUUAUGCAAUGGAAACAGAGUCAGGCAGAUCAAAACGUGGUGUUCGACGGAAUACUACAUCAAAUAUUGACUCUGGCACCAGUGUCAUUGCGGAUCAUGAGAAGCCAAAGCGUACUUUGAGAAAAAUUUCUAGCUCUACUGUUGAUUCAAUUACAGAAAAUCCACAAAGUGAGCUUGAAAAGGUUAAACGUAGUCUAAGAAAGGUUUCUAAUUCCAUGGCAGAGACAUUAGGUCAUGUUGAAGUUGAAAGUGAUAAAUUGUCCCCUAAUCUGAAAAAUGUUUCAAAUACUCUAUCUUUUGUUCCAUAUCAGAGUAUUGAGGGAUCUGUGGAAGAGAGAAAACAUGAUCUGAUUUUGACAUCUGAGACCCAGGUGGACCUGGAAACUGAGUCAAACUCCAUACCAGUUGGUGUAAUUGUUGUGCCAUGUGAUGAUUCUUGUAUUGAUAAAUUGCAUCCAUUACAGAGCAUUAACGGGGAUGGUAAUAUUCCUAUUUUGAUGAAUGGCGGAUUAGCCUCUAAGGAAGACCAAACCUACAAUGAAAACCAGAAAAGCGGUAAAAGAAGGGCAUCUUUUGCUACAAAAUCAGAAUAUGAAGAAAAUGGUAUUCAAGCCACUCCUACCCUUCCAAGCUACAUGGCAGCCACUGAAUCUGCAAAGGCAAAGCUUCGUGCACAGACUUCUCUGAAAGUUGGUUCUGAUUCAGUUGAGAAAAAUGGCGUGACCCGCAGACAUUCUUUACCAUCUUCUAACAAUAGCAAACUGAGUUCGCAAUCACCUCGCACGCAAAGAUUUGCACAUGCUAAUGGAAAAUGUGUUGCUAAAAAUGAUAGGACACUUUUGUCAUCUAGAGAUGGACACGCUGCAGAGAAGGUGGCUCAAAUUGAAUGGAGACGAUAGUUUUGUUUGAAAUGCGUUACUUCACUCGAAGCAAAUGGUUCUGAUGGAUGACAUAAAUUUCAUUUGUUGGUCGUUUGGUUAUCAUGUAAAUCUGUACGUGGUGUAAUCAGUAAAAAUUUAUUAGCAGUUUGUUUGCUGACUUGUGUGGUGUGCCUGAUGCUUUUACCAACAUUUUCAUUUCAUUUUAUUCUGUAAACUUGUUUUUAUGGUCUUUAUUUCUUCUAACAAGACAACUGGGAUUUGCACCAAUUCUGUUUUCUUAGACUUCUGAGACAGUUUCAGCUUAAAGAUGGUCAUCUUGGGAUUAAA